UGCAUGCAGAAAGAUUGAAACCAGUGAGAAAGCAGGACGGAUAUGGCAAAAAGGACCCUUUUGAAAGCAUGAUAUGAACAAUCAUGCUAUAAAAGAAAUUCUAUGUACUUUGCAAAUCAUAAUCUUUGAUGAUUUCUCUGCAGAUACCAAACUGUGAAUUCAAGUAUAUGAUAGACCUUGACAAGUUUUCCUUCCCACGCCUCUUGAUGGGCUCCAGUUUUUUCCAUCAGAAGUGAUUGAUUGAAGAUGAAAUGUUGGCUUAAUAAUACUAUUUUUCCCUGAUAUUUGUUCCUAUCUCCCAAUUCUUGGUCCCAAGAUUGUCCAUGAUCAAAAGUUUUAUCUUCCUUGUCCAUUUCUGAGAGUUCGAAGGUCUUAAAAGAGGAUAAGGAUUAAUGAGAAAGGAUUACAAACCUUUUCACUUUAUGUAUUGCAUGUAAAUUUUAUAACUUUUUUUUCCUGCAGAAACUUGUUUCUCAUGACUAUUUAUAGAGGUGGUUGAGCUGUCAAUAACCCAAGGACCGGCCUGUUCUCACAAACCUUCCAACACCCAAAAGAAGAUGAAGAACAUCAUCCCUUUAGUUCUGCUGCAGAUUGCAUUUUCCUUCACUUCUCUUCCUGUUUCAGCCCUGGAAUUGCAGGGUGGUCGUGGUGGUGCCAACAACCUGGUAGAAACAACUUGCAAGAAGACACCCUUUUACAACCUCUGCCUCUCUACUCUACAAUCAGACCCUCGAAGUUCCAGGGCCGAUUUGGCGGGGCUAGCCCACAUAGGAGCAGAUAAAGUGAAAGCUAGAGCCACUGCAACACUGAGGCAGAUCACCGGGUUGCUUAGAGCGGCUAAAGACCCGAAGCUGCAGACGGCCUUGCGUGACUGUAUUGAUUUGUACGACACUAUCAUUAAGUAUGACAUGCCGGUUACCAUUGAAGCUAUUACCAAAGGCAAUCCGAAGUUCGGCGUCCAGGGUGCAACUGAUGCAGCCAAUGAAGCUGAUGAUUGCGAGAGGAGAUUUGGAAACCCACCAAAGUCGCCAAUUUCUGGUAGCAACAAGGCUGUGCAUGAUCUUUCUGCAGUAGUUGCUUCCAUUGCCCAAUUACUGCUGUGAGGGCCUGAUCUUGUCAGUUCCGCAACAUCUGCUCUUGUGGUCUAAUAUCAAAAGAUACAUGUAGAAAUAUAGUAGGAAUCUCCUGAAAAGGAAUAAAAUAAUUAAUUAUUAAGUAAGGUGAUUCUGAAAAACAUAUUAAUUUAGCUUUUUAGGAAAAGAAUAAUGAUCUUGAACAAGUAUUUAAUUUAUUAGGCAUAUUAUUUUCAAAAAUUAUCUUCAUCCAUUACCCUAAAAUCACUCAAAUGCAAUCAUUCUGUUUACACAA